UAUGGAUAUAAUGACGGAUGAGCAUGGCAAACACGCCCCUGUUCAGACCGCGAAUGCCAUCGACUUCGUCCGUGUUGACGUCGUACAGUACAAGAACCCUAGCCAUUUAGGCUAUAGGUACAGCAUUCACUUGAUUUGCACUACGACCAACUACCACUGGGUCAAUUCGUCAAGAACAAAGGAUAAGCGGCCAGGGCGUUGCAAGACUGGGUGGAAUUGAUCUAUCUACAGACCUGCCGUCAUAUUAAAAUCAUUGGGAUUGACGGUGGUUC